CUCCAACCUCUGCUUUUGGUUGUUCGUGUAAUCUUGUCUCUUACUGGAAUUUGUUUCUUUUCUGUGCAUCUUCGUCUCUGAAUUUGGGUUUUUUUUGCUGCCACUGCUUUACUGGUUGAGCCGCCAAGGCGGAAUAUAUAUAAGCUCACAUAUUUAAUCCGAUUGAGUUUGCAAAACUAAAAGGAAAAACAAGCAGCUGAAUGCUGAUAUAUUAUAAAUAAUCUGGUUAUUUCUAGGGUUUUUUUGGGAGAAGGGGUCGGCGGAUUUUGUGGGUUACAAACACAAACUCAGUUAUUUUUUACGCAGUUUCAGCUCAUAACUGUUAAAUAAGUUCUUCAAUGUUGGACCCUGAGGCUUUAGCAGAUGAAAACUAUGUUACUGUGCCUCGUGGUGGUCCUAUUUACAUUUCUGAUAUGGUUGGUCCACUCACUAAGGUUGCUGACUUUGAGGUCAGCAUCUUCCAUGAACUUGAGCGCCUCAAGGCAGAGUUGUCCUCUGAUUCACUGGAAAUGUUUGAUGAUGAGAUAUCGAUUGAAGAUCUUAAAAUUAUCUGUGAAGAGGAAUUGGUGGCUCAGGCCUUUGAAGAAGCAUUUAAGGAUGACGAGUUAGGGAUCCUCAACAACAAAGGUCCAGACAAAAGCAAGACCAACAAGAGGAAACGGAAGAAGAAUACUGUUGAUGAACACUAUAUUUUGAAGGUGGAACAACUUGCAAAAGUUAAAGAGAAACAAGAGGAGGAGAAAGCAGCUGCACGAUUGCACUCUUUCAAUGGUAGUUGUAGCAGCAGCCACUCUGCUCCAACAUCCUCCAGUAAGAGUGGUAGGAUGAUAUCACUCAAGUCAGGAAGCUUGGGAACAAAGACACAAGAAUUUCUGGUUCUUGGGCGGCAAUUUUUGACAGAAAUGAGAGACAAGAUUUAUUGCAUUACUGAUGAGAUAAUGAAAAAGACAGGCAAAAAUGAUCCUUCGGGCUUUUUCCUCGUGGAGGAUGUCUUUUGCAAUGAUUUCAGGCAUCCUUCUGCUACUGACUACAGUAAGCCAAUACUUGAUUGGCUUCAAGAUUCUAGAAGUGAGGCGGUGGAAAAAUGGGAAUCUAUCGCUUCUGGUGAACUGCCACAGAAACAGAAGGCACUUUUUGGCAGUAAAAUUGGACCACAAUUGCCCCAUUUCAAGACCAUUCAAAUGCAAAAAACCCGCUUCUGUGACUUAUGGUUUCGACUUGGUGCUGGAUAUCUUUACUGUCACCAGGGAGACUGCAAGCAUCUAGUUGUAAUAAGAGACAUGAGGAUGAUACACCCUGAGGAUGUACAAAACCGAGCCGCGUAUCCACUGAUUACCUUUCAGCCAAAAUUGAGGUUCCAGAAAUGCUCUGUUUGCAAGAUUUUUAAAGCAGUUAAGGUGACUGUUGAUGAUAAAUGGGCUGCUGAAAAUCCUUGCUACUUCUGUGAACUGUGCUAUUACAUGCUCCAUUAUGUAGAUGGGUCUUUGCUUUAUGAUGAUUUUUCUGUUUAUGAGUAUCUCCAUGAGUAGAAUGUAAUCAGAACAGCACAAGUUAUAUAGUAAUCCCUUUUCUUUUGUGUGUGUUUUA